GUCAAGAAAGUGAAAGUGUCUGUGCGGCAAUAUGCGGACAUCUGCCUCUUCAGCACCGCCCAGUACAAGUGCCCCGUUGCCCAGAUUGAACAGGAUGACCAAGUGGCAGCGAGCUCCACCUUCUGCAAAGUUUACACGCUCACGCCGCUGCUGAGCAACAACCGCGAAAAGCGGGGCCUUGCGCUGGAUGGGAAGCUUAAGCACGAGGACACCAACCUGGCCUCCUCUACCAUCGUGAAGGAGGGAGCCAGCAAGGAGGUCCUGGGCAUCUUGGUCUCUUACCGGGUCAAAGUGAAGCUAGUUGUCUCCCGGGGAGGGGAUGUCUCCGUGGAGCUGCCCUUCGUCCUCAUGCAUCCAAAGCCCCCAGACCAGGUCUCACCUUCACAGCCUCAGCUCACCACCCCCGAGACAGACACUCCGGUGGACACGAACCUCAUCGAGUUUGAAACCAACUAUGGGCAGGACGAUGACAUUGUCUUUGAGGACUUUGCCCGCCUGCGGCUGAAGGGCCUGAAGGACGACAAGGAGGAUGAUGACCACUUCUGCUAGGAAGGACCAGAAUGGCACACGCGUCUCCCCCACCUUGAAGGGGGCAACCCAGGAACAGCCAAAAUGGGGGGAGGAGACAAGGACAAGCUCCCCCCAUGAAUGUCUCAUCGCCUACCCCCCCCCCAAACUCACACGUGACGGAAGCCAUUUCCACCUUUCCCUUCCUCAGCCUUGUGUCUUUAGUGCUGUAUACAGGGGGGAGGGUUGUAACCCCUAGAAGGGGGCUUUUAAUGUGAUUAAAACUGGGGAGGGGGCUGCCCCUGCUCUGCUCCCUUCUGCCUGCCCCCCUCGCCUCUGACCCUUUGCUGCUGUGUAUUUUUCCAGAUGAAUUUUAAUCUUGUAAGGACCCCACACUGCCCCCCCCCCCCCAGUCUAACACACUGGAUUCAAUUUAUUGGGCAUUAGUGUCUUUUAAGUCAUAUCCCCCACCACUAUUUUUAUGUGUCUCUGGCCUAACCCCCUCCCCCUUUGUAUGUCUCGGUUUUAAUAAUACUGUUUUAAUUGCUUAGGGAAAUGUUGGUAAUGAAGCCCCCCAUAAAUAAAUGGGGGGCAGGAAGAAGCCUUCUGUUGUUGCCUUAGAAGCCAUUUCACUUCUGCCGUCCAAGCAGCUUGUCCCUUCCUCCCAUUCAGCUGGGACUGAGGCCAUGCGCCCCACAGGUGGAAGGAGGGUUGCGUGCGCCAAGUGCAAUGCACUCUCCUUUAUCCUACCUACCCCCCCCCCCCAAAAUAUACCUCUUCCCAGCCUGGCUACACACACCCACUCACCCAGGUGCAGGAAGGAAGGCCAUGGGCUGCAACAUUAAGAUGAUCAGUGGAAUAAAACAGUUAACACCA